AUGGCAACUGCAUCAGCACCAUCAGCCCAUGGAAUUCCAUUAGCGUUCGCAACAUGCUCGCUUGGUCACCCUGAAACUGAUAGCUUACAUCGGCGGCUUGAAGCAAUCGCCUCAGCGGGAUUUUCCGCAAUCGAACUGUCAUUUCCCGAUCUGAAGGCGUUUGCAUCGCAGUUCCUGAAACACGAAGUCAAGGAGGAUGAUUACGAUGAACUAUGCCAGGCCGCAUCAGAGGUGAAAAGAUUGUGCGAGGCGCACGAAUUGAGUAUAAUGAUGCUACAGCCGUUUAGUAACUUUGAGGGCUGGAGAAAAGGGACUGGGGAAAGAAAUCAAGCCUGGGAGAGAGUGAAGGGGUGGUCAAGGAUUAUGCAAGCCUGCGGAACUGAUAUGUUGCAGAUCCGAACGAUGGCUUAUCUUGAGCAGGUUGGCUCCACAGACACCCCGGCGGAAAAAAUAUCAACAGAGCCAGAAAACAUUGUAAAUGACAUCCGCGAAUUGUGCGACUUUCUCAAGCAGCACAAUAUGAAGGUUGCGUAUGAGAACUGGUGCUGGUCCACUCACGCAGCUACGUGGAAGGAAGCAUGGCACAUUGUCCAACAAGUCGAUCGGCCAAACAUUGGCCUCUGCCUCGACACUUUCCAAAUUGCAGGAAGUGAAUGGGCAAAUCCAUGCAGUAUCUCUGGAUGCACGGAAACAGAGGUCACAGUGGCCCAAAUGGAAGAUGUCGACGAGAGUUGGCAGGCGACACUUGAAGAGUUGUCCAAAACGGUUCCUAAGGAGAAAAUCUACCUGCUCCAAAUAUCAGACGCGUACAGGCCUCAGAAGCCGUUCGAGGGAGCAGAAAAGGGGGGAAUGCCACCUCGUGCUCGAUGGAGCCAUGCAUACCGGCCGCUGCCAUACGACGGCGGCUAUCUUCCAGUGGAGAGCGUGACCAGAGCCGUGUUGAAGACUGGAUUCCGCGGUUGGUUUUCGGUGGAAGUUUUCGAUGAAGGGCCGGACGGAAAGGGACGGUCACGGGACCUCUUCGACUUUGCCAAAAAAGCACGUGACAGUGCGGCUUUUUCUCUUCGCCGGCGGCCGAUUCUUACCAAGACCUCGCUCUUCAAUCCAGGACUCCCAUCCAACUCUCGUCCAGAUGUUGUUGGAAACAGAACUAGUGAUCCAGAAAGCGAGAUGCUGCCUAAAGUUUACAGCAUCGGCCUGCACCAACAGCCAAAAUCCUCCUGUCUCCAACAGUUGACAUGCCUUCCUCUUGCCCCUGAUUCGCUUUUCGUAACCCCGAAUCCCCCACUCAUCAUGUUGAAGAUGUGUCGUCGCGUGAACCUCAGCCUGGAUGGGGAUUUUCUCAGUUGUCGUGCAGGUACCACCAUGGCCAGCUCAAAACCCACGUACCCUCUAGAAGGAGGCUGUGAUUGCGGCAUGAUCAGAUACCGCAUGGAAACCGCGCCGCUUAUCGUGCAUUGCUGCCACUGCACUUGGUGUCAACGCGAAACCGGUUCCUCUUCCGCUCUCAACGCCAUGAUUGAACUGAGUAGCCUAACGACUCUUACUCCCACCAAACCCUUCCAUGUGUCCACCCCGUCUGCCAGCGGUCGCGGUCAAACCAUCGCUCGCUGCCCGCACUGCUACGUUGCUGUCUGGAGCCAUUACAUUGCUGGGGGUUUGUUGCCAUUUGUGAGAGUGGGAACACUUGAUAAGAAGCAGCAGGUCAAGCCCGAUGUGCAUAUUUUCACAUCCACCAAGUUUGACUGGGUUGAUCUGUCUGGGAGUCAGUGGGAAGGGAAGGUUUUUGAGGAAUUUUACGACCGUGAGAAAGUCUGGAGUCCAGGCUGCGCCCAGCAGGAACUGAUAUGCCUGGGUAUGCUCAAAAACAUCGUCGAACGAUAUGGCCUCUCCUGGGUGACUCUCGAGCAUCUCCGCUGCCUUGAAACAGUUUUGGUCGUCUCCCUCCAAUACACCAGUGGCGACAUGCCCAUCACUGGACCCGAAGCUGAACCCGCUGGCGAAGACGCUGACAAGUUUCGCGAGCUUGUUUGCAAUUUACCCUGGUCGCUGCGGCGCCAGCUAGUGCAAUUUUUCGACACGGAGCCGUUGUUGGAUAAUCCCUACAUUGAGCGAUUUCGGCGAGGCGUGGAGAAUGGAAAUAUGCCACCGUAUCGUCGUCAGGGCUCUGUGCAGUUCAUUGAACCGGAGACGGGGAGGUUAAGGUUCGUCUAUUCUGGAACGUUUCACGGCGUACGCUCGGAUAUUUCAGUCGGUAAUAUCGAAUAUGGUGAUGCCUAA